AUGAAAUCAAUUUUGUAAUCAGAAAGAUAUUUCUGUAAAUUUAAAUACCAAUAAUUUAAUAAUGCAAUUGAAAAAUAAUUAUUCAAAAAAUAAUCCAAAUUAUCUACCAGUGCUUAUUAUGUUAAAAAAUGUAAUAUCCCUAAGUUUUGUUUCUCGAAUAUUAGUAAUAUAAAAUAGUUUUCUGAUAUUCCUUCUAAUGCAAACUAAAAUAAUUACUAAGAAUAAGUGAAAGUUGAUUAUGAGAAGGAGUUAUUGCUUAGUGGAGGUGGUUGCGCAAUAAGUUAUCAGGCUGGCUAUAUGCAUGGGUUAUCAGAGUUUAUUCCUAAGAAAAUUCUAAAGGAAUAUAGGGUUGGAGGAGUUUCAUCAGGUAGCUGUAUAGCUAGCUUUUUUGUUUGCUCAGUUUAUUCUGAUAAAGAUAUGAAAUAUUGGUAUGAAAAAUAUAUAAGAGAGAGUCUAAAGUCAAUUAAUAAUGAAAAGCUUGGUUUUUUUAAUGCUACUAAAUAUGUAAAAGAACAAGCAGUUAAAGCAUAUUUGGAAGCUAAAAGCUUAAAUGUUCCUUUUAAUGGCACACUUCAUCUAUAUAUAUCACCUAGAAAAUAUGUUGUAGGUAUAACAAAAUAAUUAAUCGAUAACUUUACAGACUCUUAGGAGUUUGGUGAAGCAAUUUCUUGCUCAUGUGCAAUACCAUUUGUUACAACAGGCAGGUUUUCUGAUUAUUAUCAAGGAAUUUCAGCUGUAGAUGGUGGUUUUACAAUGGCACUUCCAUUUAGAAAUUAAGACUCAGAUUGUAUUUUUUUAAAUGUACUACCUAAAAUUUGUAGCGAGUUUCCAGUAGUGAGAGUGAGACCAGAUUUUUUAAGUGUGAUUCAUAUUGAUCCAGAUGAAACUUUGAAAUUUCCUAUUGAUUACUUUAAUUUUAGUCAUGAAAUUGCUGAUGAAUACUUUUUAAGAGGCUAUUUAUCUUCUCAUAAGCAAUAAUAAAAGCUUCUAAGAGCAUUUAAAAUGGCAUGA